CUUAUAAAUUCAACCAACAUAUACACAGAUCUAAAUAAUCAAUCUUUCAAACUUAUGCUAUAUAUCUUUCUUGGCAUCAUAAACAACGAUUGAAUUAAAUCUCAUCUAAGAUGACUGAUGAAGUGAUAUCAAAUGGAUUUACUCAUGAUAACUCAAUUGAAGGAUCUAAUCCUCCUCCUCUCAAGAAAAAAAGAAAUCUUCCAGGAAAUCCAGAUCCUGAAGCAGAAGUGAUUGCCUUGUCACCAAAGACACUGAUGGCAACAAAUAGAUUUUUGUGUGAAAUUUGUGGGAAAGGUUUUCAAAGGGAUCAAAAUCUACAACUUCAUAGAAGAGGACAUAAUCUUCCAUGGAAGUUAAAGCAAAGAACUUCAAAAGAAGUGAGAAAGAGAGUUUACGUGUGCCCGGAAAAGGUGUGUGUGCAUCAUCAUCCUUCAAGAGCUUUAGGAGAUCUAACUGGGAUCAAGAAACACUAUUGUAGAAAACAUGGAGAAAAGAAGUGGAAAUGUGAGAAGUGUUCAAAGAGAUAUGCUGUGCAAUCAGAUUGGAAAGCUCACUCUAAGACUUGUGGCACUAGGGAAUAUAGAUGUGAUUGUGGCACUAUUUUCUCAAGGAGAGAUAGCUUUGUGACUCAUAGGGCGUUUUGCGAUGCAUUAGCUGAGGAGACGGCUAGAGUUACUGCAGCAUCUAACAUGUACAACCCAUUGGCCAUGGAAAACAACAUCAACUACCAUUUCAUCGGCGCGCCAUUAGGGCCAAACAUGGCACAACAUUUCUCUUCUCUCUUCAAACCAGUUUCAAACAACAAUGAGAACUCGGAUCCAUUGAGAAGAGAUCAGCUCUCGCUUUGGAAUAAUAUAGGCGUGGCUCAAGAGCAAGACCAAAUAGGUAUCAAUAUCAAUAAUCUCCGCGAAAUCCAUCAGAUUAGUCCCCUUCUUCAUCACACUUCACCAGCACCAACAACAGUUUAUGAUGCAAAUGCCCUUCUUGCAUCACGUAAUUCAAAUGCUCCACCAGUUAGUUAUAAUAAUAACAACCAUAUCAACUGGGAUCAGUUCAUGGGGAGCAAAAUCUCUCCAAUUAACAAUGCUGAACAAUUAUCAAACACCUCAUCUGCAAACAUUAGCGUUCCGUCAUUAUUCAGUGCUCAACAACAAAUUGCACUUUCUGCCUCUACUACAAAUAUGUCUGCAACAGCUUUACUCCAAAAAGCAGCUCAGAUCGGAGCAAUAACAACAACAACAACUGCAACCGAUCCAUCGAUAUUCCUCGGAAAUUUCACCAUGAAUAAUUGCAACAACAACAAGAACAAUGACAAUAGCAACAAGUUUUGUGGAUUUUAUGUUAGUACUCCUACUACGAAUAACUCAAUCAGUACUAGUCUCGGAAGUGACGUAGAUCAGAGUUCAUCAGUAAAUGAUUUCUCCGCUACUAUUCACCCGAUACAGAUGUAUCCCCCUUCAAAACGCCGUCACAUUCACAUUGAAGAUAGUGUAAAAGGAGUCGGAGGCGGAGCAGGAUCAGGAGCAGGAGAAGGAGGACAAACUAGGGAUUUUUUGGGAGUUGGAGUACAAUCAAUUUGUCACCCUUCAUCAAUCAAUGGAUGGAUAUGAUUAAAUUUGAGUAUUUUCACUUUAUUUUAUUUAAUAUUACGUCUAACCACCAGGGUCUUACUGUCUAGUGAUAUCGAUAAGAGUCUAUUACAGAAUAGAUGUGAGUUUGAUUCUCACGGUCUCUUUUCUCCAUGUAAUAAUUUUUCCUUUUUAAUGUUAAAAGCUAAGAUGCAAUAAAGUGGAUUAUUUUA